AUGCUUGGAUCUGGUUAUCAUUUUUUGCGCCGAUUCCCAACAACCCUCGAUUGUUUCCGAUUGCAAAUAGUUUUUGUAAAUGGAAAAUUUUGCAAAGAUCCUAUGCUUGUGGUAGCUGAAGAUUUCUUUAAACACGUUGAUGCUGGAAACACGACGAAUAAACUUGGUUCAAAAGUUACUCCAGUUAGCGUUAAUGAAUUAUUCGGACUCAACACACUAGGCAUAUCCUUAGCUCGUAUAGACUUUGCACCCAGAGGAUUAAACCCUCCUCACAUUCACCCGAGAGGCACAGAGAUUGUUAUUGUCAUUGAAGGCACUCUUCAUGUUGGAUUUGUCACCUCUAACCAAAACAAUGGACAGAACCGUCUUUUCACCAAAGUGCUAAACAAGGGUGACGUGUUUGUGUUUCCAAUCGGGCUUCCUCACUUCCAAUUGAAUGUUGGUUAUGGCAAUGCUGUUGCUAUUGCUGCUCUAAGCAGUCAAAAUGCAGGAGUUAUCACUAUCGCCAAUGCUGUUUUUGGAUCUACUCCACCAAUAUCUGAUGAAAUUUUAGCCAAAGCCUUUCAAAUAGACAAAAACACAAUCGAUUAUCUUCAAAAGCAAUUCUGGUAUGAUAACAACUAGUUGGGAGAAAGAAGAUGCAGAUCUUCAGUUUAUACCAUGAUUAAUUUAUUACUUGCACCUCAUGCAAUUAUUCAUCCAUACUAAUAAAUAAAAUGCAUGAAGGUUAAUUUAUAUGUACCA